AUGCAAGACGUGGGGUUUGAGAUGAAAAGUAAUGCUUUUUUGCUUUUGAUAGAGAGGCAAGUGAAAAGAAAGCGUUCUGCUUUUGUUAUGUCUGUGAAAAUGAGGAUGAUGGGAUGGAGGGAGAGAACUAAAGGAGAAGGUAAUUCGGUUAACUUUGGUGGCUGCCCGCCCCAUUUGGAAGUUCUCCCUAUUGUGGUGCUAAACCAAGUAGGAGAGAAAUCUAUUUUAAGCAAGUAA